AGGACCCAGAGCGCUCGGCUGUCUCUGCUCUCCGCUGUUAGGACUAAUGCCACUGCUGCCGUCUGUCUCUCUGUGUCCCUGUUUCGGAUAGACAGAGUGGCUGCCUGCUGGAUCUCUGCCUUUCCCUCUUUUUCCCUCUUUUCCUCCGGAUAUGGAGAUCAAACACCCAGAGACUCCCAGCAUCCAGCAGCAGAUGGAGGGCUUCCACGGACUACCUGCGAGCCAAACUCAUCACCCGACAGCGCUGCAGCUUUUUCAGUAGUUUGCCUCCAGAGUUUUUCCUCCCCACCUGUGCAGCAGGGAAGUGAUAUCUCUCCCGGUUAAUCUGAAUAUUUUCUCUUCUUAUCGCAGCCUGGUCCCGUGCGCUCGGCCCCGGGCCUCUGAACUCUGUCUCCUCCCCUUUUGUCUUUCACUCGCUCAGCUGUCACUCUGUCUGUCACUCUCAGGAUAUCCCCUUCCCUCUUUCUAGGGUUUCAUAAUGCAUCGGGAUCUCAUUCAGAGGCGCGGGUGGAUUUCAACCCACCGCUUUCUCCUUGUUUGAGGAUAUGGACGCGCACUGAGAGCCACUUCAGCAUGAAUCAACAGACUGGGGUCAUGGAAAUAACCAAAGGUCACGGGCCAGUGCCUCACAGAGCCUCCAACUUAACUUUUAACUAAUAUAUUUUUUUAAAUCAUUAACCUUGCAGCACUUUUUUUUUUAGCAGAGCAGCUGCUUUUUUAUCUCUUGGAUUUACAGUCAUGGGAAAUGCAGCAGGAAGCAUGGAGGUACCCCAGGGGAAGGAGGGCAAGGCGGCGUCGGCCCCUCCAGGCUCCACGGGCUCCCAGAAAAAAACAGUGGCUCCAAAACUCCCGAUGCCACCUGAGGAGGAACUGGAGCAACGUUUCGGCGCAGUGCUGAACACGAUGAAUCUCCCUCCAGACAAGGUGAAGAUCCUCAGUCAGUACGACAACGAGAAGAAGUGGGACCUGAUCUGUGACCAGGAGCGGUUUCAAGUAAAAAAUCCACCAUCUGCUUAUCUGGAGAAGCUGAAGAGUCAUCUGGAUCACGGAGGGGUCAGUCGGAAGUUUAAGAGACGCGUCCAGGAGUCCACUCAGAUCCUGAGAGAGUUGGAGAUUUCCCUGAGGACCAAUUACAUCGGCUGGGCUCAGGAGUUCCUGAACGAGGAGAACCAGGGUUUAGAUGUUCUGGUGGAUUAUCUGUCCUUUGCACACGGUGCCGUCACACACGAUGUGGACACUCUGGACAACGGCACGCUGCCCACGGACAAAAACAAAACUGUGGACAAAUCAGUGGAAGAUCUGAGCAGGAGUGCCAGCAACUCUCCGACUCACAGCGCCUCCAAGGCCAGCAAGGCCUUCACAGUCAGGUACGCACGGCCAGCGUGGGCUGAUGGGAGCGAGGGCGUCACGAGAGGGCGAGGAGUCGAUGUCCCGGCUGAGAAUAAUUUCAUUGAGCUGAACAUGGCGACUUUUGAGGAGCAGUUUAAGACGAAGGCGCAGUCCGCCCCUGUGGAGCUCGGGACCCUCAAGAUGAAACUGGCCCACAAGACUCCCAGUAAAGUGUCCCUGAUGGAGCCCAACAGAGCCAAAAACCUGGCUAUCACGCUGCGCAAGGAGGGGAUGGCUGCGUCUGACAUCUGCUGCGCUAUAGAGACGUACAACCAGAGAGCUCUGAGCCUGGACUUCCUGGAGCUGCUGGAGCGUUUCAUCCCCACAGAGUACGAGAUGAAGCUCAUCCACAGCUACGAGUGUGAGGGCAGGCCCCUGGACGAGCUCAGCGAGGAGGACCGCUUCAUGGUGCUCUUCAGCAAGAUCCCGCGGCUCUCCCAACGCAUCAGCACGCUCACGUUCAUGGGAAACUUCCCCGAGAGCGUGCAGCUGAUUCAGCCGCAACUGAACGCCAUCAUCGCCGCCUCGAUGUCGAUCAAAUCCUCCAACAAGCUGAAGAAAAUCCUCGAGAUCAUUUUAGCGUUUGGAAACUACAUGAACAGCAGCAAGCGAGGAGCAGCGUACGGCUUCCGCCUGCAGAGUUUAGAUAUGCUGUUAGACACCAAAUCGACAGACCGCAGACAGACACUGCUGCACUUCAUCGAGAGCAUCAUCCAGGACAAAUAUCCAGAGGUCCAGUCCUUCUACACAGAGCUGCACUUCCUGGACAAGGCAGCGCUCGUUUCCAUCGACAGCAUCCUGCAGGACGUGCGUGCUCUGGAGAGAGGCAUGGAGGGGACCAGGAGGGAGUUCUCUGUGGAAAAAGACAAUCCUGUCCUGCAGACGUUCCUCAGCUGCAACACGGAGCUGCUCCGCUCGCUUAUAGCUGAUGGAAAAACGGCUCAGGACGUGUACGACUCGGCGGUGGAGUACUUUGGCGAGAACUCUAAAACGACUCCGCCCUCCAUGUUCUUCCCCGUCUUUGUCCGAUUCAUCAAAGCGUACAAGCAAGCUGAGCAGGAGAACAAGCAGAGGAAGAAACAGCACGUCCCGAACUGUGAAGCUCCGACGACGCCACCCAAACCCGAAAUCACAGCCAAUAAGGUUUGUGUGACGUCCAAACUGCCGCAGAUGGACCUGAUAGCGGAGCUGAAGAAGAGGCAGGUGUCUCCUCUGGUGAGGGAGGGGAAGGACGGAGCCAUCGAAGACAUCAUUACAGCUCUUAAGUCCGUGCCCUUCACGGCUCGUUCUGCCAAACGCUCCUCUCGUCUCUUCUGCGACUCCGUCUUCAGCGACGAGGUGACUUCUUAAAAUCCCUCGCUGCUCUGUGCUUCUUCCUCUCUGCUGACUGUGAUGGAUGC